AUGGCGCGCUCGGAGCGGCCGCGCCCGCGCCCGCGCUCGUCGCUCGGCGGCCACGCUAUAACGGUAGUGUCAGACUACACUAGACACCAAGCGCUGACUGCAGGCUCGGAGGCGGCUCCGCUGGGCGGGGGCGGCGGCGCGCGUGUGCCGGGCGCCGCGCUGUGGCGCGUGGCGGCGGCCGAGGCGUGCGGCACGGCGCUGCUGGUGGCGCUCACGUGCCUGCCGGGCUGCGCCGCGCGCGCGCUCGCGCCGGCCGAGCGCGCGCUGGCGGGCGGGCUGGCGGUGGCGGCGCUCGUGCAGUGCUUCGACCACGUGUCGGGCGCGCACUUCAACCCGACCGUGACGCUGGCGGCGCUGCUGGCGCGGCGCGUGGGCGCGGCGCACGCGGGCGCGGCGCUGGCGGCGCAGGCGGCGGGCGCGCUGGCGGGCGCGGCGGCGCUGGCGCCGGCGACGGGCGCGCUGGCGCGCUGCGUGACGCGGCCGGCGCCGGGCGUGAGCGCGUGGGCGGCGCUGGGCGUGGAGGCGCUGCUGGGCGCGGUGCUGGCGCUGAUCAACCUGGCGUCGUGGGACGCGCGCUGCCGCGCCUACAAGGACUCGUGGCCGCUGCGCGUCGGCUUCACGGUCGCCGCGCUGUCCCUCGCCGCCGGCGAGGUGACGGGCGCCAGCGCCAACCCGCUGCGCAGCGCGGCGCCCGCCCUGCUGACCGGCGACCUGCGCGCGCUGUGGGUGUACUGCGUCGGCCCGCCGGGCGGCGCCGCGCUCGCCGCCGCGCUGUACGCCUGCGCGUGGCGAGCGGCGCCGCCGCCGGCCUGACGGGCGGCUGGGGGCCGGCUGGGGGCUGGGGGCGCAGGCGGUGCGCCAGCUCG